CGGCGCGUUUCUGAGGGAAAGCGGAUCUUUUCCCGCGGAUCUGUCGGCGGGAGUAACGGUAACGUUAUGGCUGACGACGACGUGCUGUUCGAGGAUGUGUACGAGCUCUGCGAGGUGAUCGGGAAGGGUCCUUUCAGUGUGGUACGAAGAUGCAUCAACAGAGACACUGGACAGCAGUUUGCUGUGAAGAUCGUAGAUGUGGCCAGUUUCACCUCCAGCCCUGGACUCAGUACAGAGGAUCUGAAGCGGGAGGCCAGUAUCUGUCACAUGCUCAAACAUCCUCACAUCGUGGAGCUGCUGGAGACCUACAGCUCCGACGGGAUGCUCUACAUGGUCUUUGAGUUGCACAGUAUGGAUGGAGCCGAUCUGUGUUUCGAAAUCGUGAAGAGGGCUGAUGCUGGUUUCGUCUACAGCGAGGCAGUGGCCAGUCACUACAUGCGGCAGAUACUUGAAGCUCUGCGCUACUGCCACGAUAACAACGUCAUACACAGAGAUGUCAAGCCUCACUGUGUCCUGCUGGCCUCGAAGGAGAACUCUGCUCCGGUCAAGCUGGGCGGCUUCGGUGUGGCCAUCCAGCUGGGCGAGUCAGGGCUGGUGGCCGGAGGUCGAGUAGGGACCCCUCACUUCAUGGCCCCAGAAGUGGUCAAGCGAGAGCCGUACGGGAAGCCGGUGGACGUCUGGGGCUGCGGGGUCAUUCUCUUCAUCCUGUUGAGCGGCUGUUUGCCUUUUUACGGGACCAAAGAGCGCCUGUUUGAAGCCAUCGUGAAAGGAAAGUACAAGGUAAUGAACCCCCGUCAGUGGACUCAUAUCUCUGAGAGCGCUAAAGACCUGGUGCGGCGCAUGCUGAUGCUGGACCCGGCCGAGAGGAUCACCGUCUAUGAGGCGCUCAACCACCCCUGGCUCAAGGAGAGAGAUCGCUACUCGUACAAGAUCCACCUGCCCGAGACGGUGGAGCAGCUGAGGAAGUUCAACGCUCGCAGGAAACUGAAGGGAGCCGUCCUCGCUGCCGUCUCCAGCCACAAGUUCAACUCGUUUUACGGCGACCCUCCUGAAGACCUCCACGACUUCUCAGAGGACCCCACGUCUUCAGGAUUGCUUGCUGCAGAAAGGGCUGUGUCUCAGGUUCUGGACAGUCUGGAGGAGAUCCAUGCGCUGACUGACUGUAGUGAGAAGGAUCUGGACUUCCUGCACAGCGUCUUCCAGGACCAACAUCUGCACACACUGCUGGAUCUGUAUGAUAAGAUUAACACCCGCUCAUCGCCCCAGAUCAGGAACCCGCCCAGCGACGCUGUCCAGAGAGCCAAAGAGGUGUUGGAGACGCUCUCCUGUUAUCCUGAGAACAUGGAGGCAAAAGAGCUGAAGAGAAUCCUGACGCAGCCUCAUUUCAUGGCGCUGCUGCAGACUCAUGAUGUUGUGGCUCAUGAGGUUUACAGCGACGAGGCGCUGCGAGUGACACCUCCGCCCACCUCCCCGUACCUCAACGGAGACUCGCCAGAGAGCGUCAACGGAGACAUGGACCUGGAGAACGUCACCAGAGUCCGCCUGGUGCAGUUCCAGAAGAACACGGACGAGCCCAUGGGCAUCACUCUGAAGAUGAACGACCUCAACCACUGCAUCGUGGCUAGAAUCAUGCACGGAGGGAUGAUCCACAGACAGGGGACGCUGCACGUCGGAGAUGAGAUUCGUGAGAUCAACGGCAUCAGCGUGGCAAAUCAGACGGUGGAGCAGCUCCAGAAGAUGCUGCGAGAGAUGCGAGGCAGCAUCACCUUCAAGAUCGUCCCCAGUUACCGCAGUCAGUCUCUGUCCUGUGACAAAGAUUCCCCGGAUCUGCCCAGACAGUCUCCAGCGAACGGCCACUCCAGCGUCACCAGCUCCAUCUUAGAUCUGCCAUCAACUAUCCAGCCUAAAGGAAGACAGAUCUCCAGACCUGCAAUCAAGGAUAAAAUGUCUCGUAAGAUCUACGUUCGAGCGCAGUUCGAGUACGAUCCGGCUAAAGACGACCUGAUUCCCUGUAAAGAGGCGGGCAUUCGUUUCCGGGUGGGUGACAUCAUCCAGAUCAUCAGUAAGGACGAUCAUAACUGGUGGCAGGGCAAGCUGGAGAACACCAAGAACGGCACGGCAGGCCUCAUUCCCUCACCAGAGCUGCAGGAGUGGCGUGUGGCGUGUAUAGCGAUGGAGAAGACCAAGCAGGAGCAGCAGGCCAGCUGUACGUGGUUCGGCAAGAAGAAGAAACAGUACAAAGACAAAUACUUAGCAAAACACAACGCAGUCUUUGACCAACUAGAUCUAGUGACGUAUGAAGAGGUGGUGAAGCUGCCGGCGUUCAAGAGGAAAACCCUGGUGCUGCUGGGAGCUCACGGCGUCGGCCGGAGACACAUCAAGAACACGCUCAUCGCAAAACACCCCGACAGAUUCGCGUACCCCAUCCCACACACCACCAGACCUCCGAAGAAGGACGAGGAGAACGGCAAGAACUACUUCUUCGUGUCUCACGACCAGAUGAUGCAGGACAUCUCCAACAACGAUUACCUGGAGUACGGCAGCCACGAGGACGCCAUGUACGGGACGCGCCUCGAGACCAUCCGUAAGAUCCACGAGCAGAACAUGGUGGCCAUCCUGGACGUAGAGCCCCAGGCGCUGAAGGUCUUGCGGACGGCUGAGUUCGCUCCGUACGUCAUCUUCAUCGCAGCUCCGACGAUCACUCCGGCCAUGAACGAGGACGAGUCUCUCCAGCGGCUGCAGAAGGAGUCGGAGGCUCUGCAGCGCUCCUACGCUCAUUACUUCGAUCAGACCAUCAUUAAUAACGAGAUCGACGACACCAUCCGUCUGCUGGAGGAGGCCAUCGACCUGGUGUCCAGCACUGGCCAGUGGGUGCCGGUGUCCUGGGUGUACUAGCCUCUCUCUCACACACACACACACACACACACACACACACACACACAGACGGACUUACAGCCCGGCCACUACCAGUGCGUAGCGUUGUAAAUAUCUAUACAUAUAUAAAUAUCUAUAAAUAUGAAUAUAUAAGUCAUAGAUAUGGUCCUGUACUAAUAACAAAAGGGGGUUGAUGACAUUUUAUACGGUUUUCUUUUUAAACGUACGAGACGGCGUCUCAGAGCAAUGAUGAGCACAGUCAGCGGUGGGGGAGGAGCCCAUCGUGGUAUGGGCGUGGCUAAGUGACUCCGCCCACUGGCCUGCAGUAUAAGCACAGCUGACCCUCUCUCUCUCUCUCUCUUUCACACACACACACACACACACACACACACACAAGCAAACACACACACACACGAGCACCGUUUGCACGGACGGACGCUGCAUACACCCUCUGUUUACAGACGUAGGUUUGCACAAAGGGCAGCGGAGCCCGGCGCUCUUCCUCGGCCUGCUCCUCCUCUUCCUCUAGAUGUGUCUGUCCAGAUCCAGCUCCGAGCGGACGGCUCCCCUCAUGCCCCGUGUAGUGACGUGUUUGUAAAUGUCCUGGAUUUGAUUUCUUGUGCGGAACGAGGAGGAAAAUAUCCAUUCCUAGAUCGACCAUUUCAGAAAAUGUGCUGUCUUAAGAGUAUUAUCAUUUUACUCCGAGAAAACCGAGAGGAUUUUAUUGUGUGUAAAUGUUUCAAUGGUGCGUUGAAAUGAAGUAGUGUGUGCAUAAACAACUCGACGGACUGUGUGAGCUCUUCAUUUCACAUUGCCCUGUGUAAAUUCCUCUGCAGAUGACAAAAUGCUCUUCAGUAUGUUUGUUUGUUUGUUUUUUUAUCUAUUUCCUUUCAUGUGUUGGAAAAGUAAAUUGCUUUUGAAAUCAGA